CGUCCGCAGGGGGCAGGGCCCGCCGGCCAUUGGUCCCGCUGCCAAGGGAGCUUUGUGCAGAUCCAGUCUCGCCAGCGGGUGGGAAGGGACAGCCCCGCUCAGUCCCUCCAGCAGCUGUCUCUACCUCAUCUGCGAUUUGGUGGGGAGCCAGCGCACCAAGCCCGGGAGGAUGCGGCGCCCGCUGUGGCCUGGGGGCUUCCGGGGGCUCUGGCGGCUCCUCUGCUUCCUGCUGCUGAAGAGCCGCCCAGGGAGCGGCCGCGACGUUAGUGAUCACGAUGGUCAGGGCCAAGUGGGAGUGGGGCACCUCUGGACCCUCCAAGGAUUUACCACCCCAGUCUUCCAGCAGUUGCAAGUUGUACUCCAGCAGAUUAUGCCCCAAGGUUUGUUCUGGAAGGAUGACAUGACCCAGGAUGUGAUGACACAGAAGAUGGGGCACAUUGGCAAACUCCACCCCCAGGAUCCAUGUGUGAGGAUGAGGCAAGAAGCCUUUCCCACCAAAACCACCGGGGCCCCAGUGGUCAAGGUGAACAGGGAUCAGUGCUUUACCUCCAAAGUGGUUUCGAAGGCCCUGAAACGAGAGGUGACCAACCCUGUCAAGGUGAGGGGCUCACUUUUUCUAGGGAAGUUGGAAUCACCAAGGACAUGUUUAAAUGAGGGAGGCAGACUACUUGUGGGCAUCGAUAUGAAAGGCUGGGGGGCGUGA